AUGGGAUUCACUAUGAUGCAACAACUCCCAUCAUUCGAUCUCUAUCAAUUGAAUCGACCGGGGCCAUGGGUUGCCGCGGCGCUGGUGGCAGUUCUCAUUCAAGCGCUGCUGCGAAAACGCCAAACCAAGCCAAGCGAGACCAUCAGCAACAACAACAACGGGGCCAACAAGACUACCGAGACGGCCAUCCCUACCUCAUUCCAGAUGUCGGUUCCUACCCCGUAUCCAGACUGGUCUCUUGAAACGACCAAACCUCUGCCAUACCGGGCUUUUCGCUAUGGGCCAAGAUACAACAUUACCAUGGGUCUUCGGUCACUUCCGCCGAUCGAAUGGAUUGAACUUGACAAUCAUUACACCAAGUUUCACACAGAAAAAGCGAAGCGGCUACUAGAACGCGGCGACAAGUGCGUCAAGACCGACCCUGAGGCGUAUAACGCGGCUAUGGAGCUGCUGCAAGAGCUCACGAAUUACCUGCCGGCUCGCUACCCCAGCUUAUACAGGCGAACGGCCGUGGGUAUCGACAACCUCUGGUCCGGCGAGUCGCUCAACAUCACAGAGGUGCUAUUGCGCGAGGACCCAAUGGCCAUGUGCGCGCGACUCGUGCAAGACGAUCUCGCCCUCAUGAUUGAGCAACCGGACGGACAAUAUCGCCUCCUGGCGGGGGCCAUCCUCCUCGCCGGCUUCUGGAGGCUGUCCGACAAAUUUGGAAUGACGCUAGCCGACAUACACACGUCGGGAAACGUUCCGCACUUCGAGGAGAAGCUCCAAAGCGGCAUGAUGAAGUUCUUUCAACGGCUGCGAUGCGAUACGUUUUACGCGCGCAACAACUAUUUCAUCCAGGUGGACGAUGAGCUGGCCUGGAGCCCCAGCAUUGGCGACGAGGACGAAGCUGUCGUCAGCUGGGGCACGGCGAAGAAGAACAAGGCCAUUGAGCACCACUUCUUCCGGUCCGAGAGGCAGACGCUCCGACGGCUGCCCAGGACGGGCGCGAUAGUGUUCACCAUUCGCACAUAUUUCGCGCCCAUCACGGAGAUUGCCGAGGAAGACUGCGUGCCGGGUCGGCUGGCGAGCGCUGUGCGCAGCUGGGACGAGUGGGUGGGCGAGUACAAGGGCAGGGACAAGUACGGCGAAAUCCUGCUUGAGUAUCUGGAUCGCAAGCACGCGGAGCAGCUACAGAGGGGUCUGGACGUGGACAAGGUGGAGAGUAGCAAGAGUUAUCCGUGGUGA